AUUGAAGUACCCUACACAGGAUACAUCAUACAUGACGUAUCGUUUGCAGUUAGACGUAUUGUUUGCAGUUGUAGUGUUGUAGGUCGUAGCUGGCUCGGCCGUAGUUAUUGUAUACCAUCUGUACAGUUAUACUCAUAUUAAGUAGCUUGCUGUUAUUCAGUUGUGAUUCUGCUGAGCUGAUUUGGGCGGUUGGGAUCCCGUUCUACAUCCGUGCGAGUUCCAGAGGUGUUUCAUAGGCUUGUAGCCAUCACCUCGUACGCACAGCACAAAUGUAAAGCAUUGCACGCAAGACACCACAGUAUCACAGCUGCAAUAUAAUAUAGUAACUCGGUCUUACACUCUCUUUCACUUAUGAUAAGUAAGCAUGGCAAGUCCCAAAACACAACAUGCUGCCGGCUUACGUCCGCCGGUCGAUCCAAAUGAGUUCGAACAUGCACCUGUGCGGUCUACACUAACCAAUGACUUUGCACAGGCAAGCUUAGGCCCACAACGGUACAAUGCCAAGCGCAACAACAACAUAGCGCCUGCAGGAGGAGCCCCAUACGGAUACGGCCAUGUUAAUGCAGGCCCGGUACAGGUGUUUCGUCAAGGGUACGUAAAUAAUCAAGGUACUCAACAGAGUAGCGAGGCUAUGGUCCCACAGGACGAAGAGAAGGGUGGUUCUGAGGUGUCGGUGUGCGCUAAUUGUAAGGGUACGUCGACUACACAGUGGCGGCGAGGGAACGAGGGGCAAGUCUUGUGCAAUGCGUGUGGUAUAUACGAACGCAAGAACGGUACUAUGCGACCACUGAAGCUGUGUGAUCGCCGAACGUUCACACGAGUAAAGCAUAAGAAUGGUAAAAAAAUGACGUCGCAGGGAGAUGACGCGAAGGGUAAGAGCGGGGGUAAGCAAGGUAAGAAGAAGAAUGAUAGUCAGAAAAAGGGACAAUCCCAGGACGCACCUCAAACCAAACAGAAAAGUUCUGGGACUACCAAAGACCCCGUGCGAAGGAGUGCGAGUGGGCUGGAGAGUGCGCGUGUAGAGAGCAUCGAAAGUGGUGUGAAGGGCCAGGACCAAGAGCGCCCGGCAGAUACAUUCAGGACAGCUGGGCCACCCGAGCGAACGAUUCAGCGGGGUGUUAGUGGAGAUGUCGGUGGACAUGCGAGUGUGACAAUGCAGGAGAACUCGGGUUACGGCUGUGUGAGCUGCCCCAGGCCUCUGACUAUAGCCGAUCUCAAUGCACGCAGACAACAGUGUCACAAGUGUGUUAGUAUGGGGGUAUACCCUGUACCGGGACCAGACGGCCCGCCCCCACAGUACGAUGGGCCUCGGGGACCACAACCCGGAUAUUCAGGUGCAUACAACGGAGGUACUGAGGCCUAUACUCAGGGCCAACCACAGUUCCGGCCGUCUACUGAUAUGCCAACCCAACAACGUGACCCGCGCUACCAGGGUACCGGUAGUCAGGGCUAUAACCAUAGCAACCCCCCAGACGACACGGGUGCAGGCUAUUAUCAGGAGACCAACGUACGGAGUGCCCCGCCCCCCCGCAGCAUGAGCAGCAUACCCUACCGCAUGCCAGGGCAGGGCAGAGCAUCCAGGACACAGUCCGAUUCUCUGUACCCGGUCGCGGCCAAGGUCAGACAUCCGUUUGCCACCACACACUCACAGAGUAAUAGAGACCCCGAGGAGCAGCCCCAUGCACCUCCUCAACAGGUGCAGGGCUAUGCGAGGCACGGCCGAGGCGACCCCGAGUUUGGCUACAAUGAACCGCAGGACCGCCAGGAGUUCUUCGGGGCGGCCGGGAGACAGUAUAGUGGCGACCGCUCGUAUGGGCAACCGUUCCCGCCAGGCGAAGCUCGGCAGGACGGGGAUGUGGGGGAGCACGGCCCCGCCUGGGGAAGUACGCAGCAGGGUGUGUAUGGCAGUGGGGCGAAUAAAUUUCGGUACGAUGAAAACGAGGGCGAGCGUGAGCGUAUGGUCAUGCAGCGCACGUCCAGCGGUCCUGUGCGCCCGUAUGGAGGUGUGGGUGGGCCGGAGCAGGUGCUUAUGGCCCAGAAUAGCAUGGGUCAUGAAGGGGACGAGGGCGAGAGAGUUUACCCCGAAAGAGGCUACUAUUCACACCAGGCCAUACGUAAGACUGGAGUGUAUGACCCGGGUUCUAGUGCGGGGGGGCCGACGCGCAGGACUACAUCGUCCUCGCACUUGCGUAGCCCGUAUGGCUCGAAUAACAGCAGUACUAUAGUUGGGAGUGGCACGGGUAAGGUGCUCGCACGCCUUAAUCAGCAGUUGGAAAGUUCGCCUGGGAUGGGUGUGCAGAGCUCAUACGAAGGCAGAGAGGAUAUCAGGGACAGCAGACACAACAGCGGUGAUGUAGGUCCAGAACGAGAGGGCGAGGCUGGGAUGAAAGCCACGCCCAAGAUCUGGGGGCCGUACCUCAACGACGAUACGGUGAAGGAGCAUACCGCGUCAGAGAAGUACAUGGCCAAUCACCAGGAAACCAAUGCGUCGCCUAAGUCCCAUCGCAGCUAUGUGGGCCUACACCCACACAGUCCUCAGGACCGUGCUACACGCUCCGUGUCCUGGCAGCAGCAAUCCUCAGUCCGGGGUGCAUCGGGACAUUACUCCGGUGUGCGCUCGACCCUGGCAAGGCACUAUACGCAACAGCGGCAUAUGGACCAAGCGGAAGCGCACGGCAGUAUAGAUGAGCGUAUGAGCGGGGGUGAUGGAGACCCAGGACAGUCCCAGGUGAACGCGCACCCGUCGGCUCCCACACAUCGUACACAUACGCCGGCGGCCUUUCACCCGUGGCAUACGGAGGAAACACUGCAGCGCUCAGAGCCUAAGCAACAGUAUGUGAGCAGCACCAGUAUAGCCGAGACACGGGAGGGCCAUACACAGAACGCCCCGGCUAUGGAGAGUGAGUCUAUGGGCGAGGACGAUCGUGGGGGGCGGCAUGUCCGGACCAUGACCAUGCCAAACACCGCAGCCGACACAGAUAUGGGCAUGGACAAGCGCAAUGCGUCGCUAUCACCCCAUCCGCAGAUGCGGCCGUCACGCCACGCCUCGCCAGAGCUGUCCCGGGUGCAGCGGUCCUUUUCGGAUAACUACCGGGUGCGCAGUGCCCUGGAUGUGGGCCGAGAUGCGCCUAGCUCUGGCUCGGCAGUCAACGGGCCCAGAAAGUUCUUGGUACCUCCGCGUAUGUCUGCCAACGGUGUGGGCGGCACUCGGGGCAGCGAAGCCACGAGUAUGGUAGCCCAGGGUGUGCAGGACGUGCCUAAAGAUGUAGCCGGUGCACAUGCGAUGAUCGACCAGCAUAUGAGCAUGGGAAACUAUCUGGACGCACCCAGGGCCUCGAAAAUGGACCACAGGGGCCCUGCUGGGUCUGGUAGGGAGUCUGCGGGAGGCUUCGGACCUACGCGCAGACUGCACACGUACUCGUCUCCACGGUUGAUGACGAAGCCGUCGUCGAAUACCACGUCUCCGAAGAUCAGUCCGAUAUACGCACGCGAGAGUGGGGAUGUGUAUAUGGCCGAAAUGCGGGCGCCGGCCGCACCGAUGGACAGCGAAGAAAUGCGACACCACAGUUCGACAAGUAGCUCGGGUAGUGUAGACAAUCGUGCGUACCCCUACGCACACGGAUCUCAGGCUGUGGGUCAGAUAUCGGCCUACUCACACGCGCCGGCGCUGGGCCCUGGCCAUGCCUCGGCGAAGCAGAGUAUGAGCAAGCUGUCCGGUACUUCCGGGCAACGGCAGUGUACGAUGUGCGGGGCUACGGAGACGGCGCAGUGGCGAUCGGGUGCUGAUAAGGAGAUCCUGUGCAACUCGUGCGGUCUGCGGCAGAACCACUUCCAAAAUCGGGAAGAGAAGAACGAGAGGCGCCGGAAACGGUACUGGGCCAACCAAGAAGCGAAGAAGACGAAGGGGGUGCAGGCACAGGGGAAUGGGAACGAGCAGGCGGGUCACCAGAGCAAGCAGCAGAAGGAAGGGAUGAGUCAGCAACCACCCGCCCAGCAUAACCAGCGCGCGCAACAACCGCGGGUGACGGAUCACCCGCAGGACGAUGACGGGGACACGAUGAUGAACUCUAAUGAGGUGUAUACUUGAAUGAACUCUAAUGAGGUGUAUACUAUAAUGAACUCUAAUGAGGUGUAUACUUGAAUGAACUCUAUUGAGGUGUAUGCUUGAAUGAACUCUAAUGAGGUGU